AUGAAAUUGGGAACAUGUACAGAGUGGUUAUUCUUUCAUAUAUGGAAAAAAAAUCCAAAAACAGGACAUAGUUGUGAUGGAAUUUUUGUUGCAGAUUCAAUAAUUUAUCGUUGGGCUCAGCCAUACUUUAGUAAAUACCAUCAUAAUUUAAGGAUAUUUUACUGUAUCGGACGGGUAAAUUAUCAGGAAAACUAAGGAGAGAGUUUUUAUAGAUCAAGUUGAAAGUUCAUUUAAGUAGGAGAAUACAGUGGCUUAAUUAAUGACAAGUCAGGUAUAAUUUAAAAUUAUAUAUAUACUUCAGAUGCAAAAUAAAUAGCAAGAGAUUAUUACAUUUGAGUAUUUGGAUUAUGAGAAUUUUAUAAUAUUUCUUCAUUAGAGAGAGAAAGACUUAAAUUUAGUCCUAUAAAAGUAAGAAUCUUCAGUAUACAAGAUUUAUAUACCCGAAAAACGAUUAGAAUUCUUUGAUCAAAGUCACUUGGUCACCGUAAUUCUGCCUGGUUAUGAGGAAGACAAAUAUCAAUAAAAUGAAUGAUGCAAGGAAGACUCAAGUUGAACGAGUUGCUACAUUUGAUGGACCAGAAUAUUUAAUAUAAGCAGACUCAAUUAAUUCUCCUUUAUUAAGUGCAGAUUUAGAAUAAUUAUGUGUGAAUAUAGUAAAGCACAUUUUAGAAGUGUCAGGUGGCAACAUUUAAAUAAUAAGAAUGGUCCUAUAUUUUAAAGUAGAUUAUGAAAAUAGGAUAUGGUUGCUUUUUUGUACUAAUAUUAAGGUGAAGGAUAAGUUUAAUGACAUAAUGCAAUAGCCAAGAGUGUUUUCUCCUAUUUUUAGGGUUUUAAGAAAAGAUCAAGAACCAGUGUCUUUUGCAAAGGAAUAGGCUUAGACUGUUAUUAAAAUAAAUAACCAAGGUGAAAUGCAGUCUCUCCUUUAUUAAUUUAAAAAUAUCUGUAGCAAUUGCGAUAGAUUUUCUCAUUAACUGUAUCAAUUGAAAUUACAAUUUAUUAUUGAAAGCUUUAAAUAAGUAUUAAUUUAAAAUAUAAGAAUUUAGUGAAGAAAGACUUUACUAGGUUGCCUGAAGAACUAGAGAAGAUUAAAUAGAAAAAAGAUUAAUAAAUUCCUAAAGUCACUUUUUCCAGAAACAUAAGGGUGAGAUAAAAAUAGAACCUUAAAGAAGGUAAUAAUCAUUUUGAUAUUUAGAAUAUGAGGUAUAGAAUGAAUUUCAGAAUGAUAAUCCCUCAAAUAAUAUUUUAGUUGAAAAGAAAAAGAUAUGCCAAAAUAAAUUAACAGAAAAUGAAUUAUAUACAUCAAUUAAAGAGUUAGUUUAAUUAUUGAAUGAGGAAUAAGAGGAUUAAAAGUUCAAUUUUAAUCAUAUCCCUCCUUUGAUUCUCAAAGUUUGGGGUAAAAUUAAUGAAGAAAAAUAUUAAUAAUUAUAAUAAAAUUAAAGUUGGAAAGACUUAACCACUUAAGUUUGUUUGGAUUGUUUUUUGUAAUAUACAUAAUAGUGUGAAUAAACCCAAUUUGAAAGAAAAGCGUAAAAAUCUUAAUAAACUAUUUUAGAGAUUUGAUGUCUUAAAAAUUAAGAAAGCUGGUUAAUGCCAAAGAAGAGAAUGAAAAGGAGAAACUUCUUUUAUCCAAUACAAGUUUGAAUGCUAAUAGAUUAACCUUUAACCAAUUGCCUAAUCUCCCAUCAAUAUCAGAAUUACCUGUUGAAAAAUAAAAACGCUUGUCAAGAAAAUCUUAAAAUUUAACUCAUUAAGAAAUUGGAACCAAAUAAAUUGAAUAAACUCCUUAAAAGGCAUCAUAACCAUCUAUCUAUACAGCUAAGAAAUAGCAAUAAACUCAAUAAUCACAAUAAUCCAACCAAUCUAAUUAAUAGCCUCCAAUAACUGUGAUUCCUAGUACAACCCUAUCAAAUAAAUACUUUUAAUUAUAGAGAUAAUCUACAGGCCAAAUAAAUCAACUAAAAUUAAAGAUUCCAAGCACUUAAAGAGUAUUUUCUUAUGUUUUAAUAGAUUUAUCUCAAUAAAUAAGGCUUAAACAUUUCAACAAAUAAAUCAAUGUAAUCCAAAUCAUCCAGAUCUACUUUAGAUUAAUCAAAGAUUUCUUUUGAUUUUAUGAUGAAUACUGUGACAUAAUUAAAGAGAAAGCUUGAAGAACUCGAACAAGAUGAAAAAUAAUAAGAAUAGUAAAACCCUUGA